GAAGACAGUCAAGUGUAGAUAGAAUGAGUUUCCAAGUCGCUGACGCUAUACGUGAAACUCUUCCUGAUACAGAUGAGCUCGUCGUUGAGUAUCUCGCUGGAUACCUCACAGAUAGCGAUUUAGAGGAGAGAGAUGUACUCACAAAGUUAGCAUUACCAAUGUUAGCUAGUGCAUCUACUAGAGCUUCACAAAAUAAAGAGCUACUCGAUCAAUUAGUUGAGAAAUUAACUCCAUUUCUACCAAAAUUCGACAUCAACAACCCAUCGCAAUCUGAGCCAGCCAAAUUGGAGAAUGCGUUUAGUAUGCGUAGCGCAGACGCAAUGUCCAAGACUGUCGCACUUGAAGGUUCUGUCGAUCUCGAAUCCGCUACAAAGGGCCAUGUCUCUAGAGUUGAUAUAAAGAAAUUGGAGAAGGCUGAGGCAAAGAUUAAGGCUAAAAUUGAAAAGAGAUCAAAGAGAGAUCUUUAUCAAGGUUCCAAACUCCUCGAUGCACAGAAAACUCAGCAAUCUUACGAGGAACUUUUCAUGCAAGUCAACCCACUUACUAGCGCUAAGGGUAAGAGUAAGGAUGUCAUGGUUAACAAUGUAGAUGUUUCUAUGGGAUCUGUUAAGAUCUUGACUUCUGCUACACUCCAAGUCGCUCAAGGAAAGAGAUACGGUUGGAUUGGUAGAAAUGGUGCUGGUAAAUCUACAGUACUUCGUGCAAUGGCUUUGAGAGAGAUUGCUAUCCCUUCACAUAUUUCCAUUCUUUACGUCGAGCAAGAGAUCGUUGGUGACGAUACUACUGCCCUUGAAAGUGUUUUAGCCGCCGAUAUUUGGAGAACACAUUAUAUUAUUCAAGAGCUCGAACUUAAUAGUAAAUUACAAGCAAUUGAAGAUAAGAUUGCUAAAGGUGAAGACGCUUCAGCUUACACUGAUGAAAGAGAUGAAUUGGCUGUUCAAUUGGGUGAAACUCAAGAAAAACUUGUUGAAAUGGAAGCCCACAUGGGUCCAAUUAAAGCAGCUUUCCUUUUGGCUGGUUUAGGAUUUAGUGAGAGCGAUCAACAGAAGCCUACAAAAUCAUUCUCUGGUGGUUGGAGAAUGAGAUUAGCAUUAGCUAGAGCUCUUUUCGUACAACCAGAUUUAUUACUUCUUGAUGAACCUUCAAACAUGUUGGAUUUGAACGCAAUUGCAUGGCUUGAAGAUUACUUACAGACAUGGCCAUCAACAAUCUUGGUUGUAUCUCACGACAGGGCUUUCCUUGAUCACGUUGCGACUGAUAUUAUCCAUCAACACUCUGAACGUCUUGAUUACUACAAAGGAAACUUCUCACAAUUCUACGAAACUAAAACGGAGAGACAAAAGAAUGAAUUACGUGAGUAUGAAUCGCAAUUACAAUACCGUCAACACCUUCAAGCGUUCAUUGAUAGAUGGAGAUAUAACGCUGCUCGUGCUUCACAAGCACAAUCCAAGAUUAAAAUCUUGGAGAAGUUACCUGAAUUACAUGCACCUGAGACAGAAGAUUCUGAAAGCUUCAAGUUCCCAGAUGCUGAGAAGAUUUCUCCUCCAUUGCUUCAAUUGGAUAACGUGACGUUUGGUUACACACCUGAGAAGACUACCCUUAAGGAUGUCGACUUGGAUGUUUCUUACGACUCUCGUAUUGCGAUUGUUGGUCCUAACGGUGCUGGUAAAUCCACAUUAUUGAAAUUGUUGAUGGGUGAAUUGUCCCCAACUAAGGGUCAAUUAAACCGCAAUGGUCGUUUACGUGUUGCAUACUUUACUCAGCAUCACAUGGAUCAACUUGACUUGAAUAAGACACCAUUAGAGUUCACACAAGCUAAAUUCCCAGGUAAGACUGCUGAACAAUACCGUAGCUUCCUCGGUACAUUUGGUAUAAGAGGUAGCACCACUUUAAGAUUAAUCGGAACAUUAUCUGGUGGUCAAAAAUCUAGAUUGGCAUUCGCUAUGUUGGCAUUACAAAACCCACACAUUUUGUUACUUGAUGAGCCUACUAACCAUCUUGAUAUGGAAGGUUUAGAUGCACUCAUGGAUGCAUUGAAGGUUUGGAAUGGUGGUAGUAUUGUCAUUUCUCACGACGAGAAAUUCAUUACCACGGUUGCGCACGAAUUGUGGGUUUGUGCAAAUGGAACUGUCACGAAGUUCAAGGGAGAUGUACAAGCAUACAAGUCACUUAUUGUACAAAACAUCAAAGACAAACCAACUUGAUAGGGUUUUACAUGUACAUCUACAUCAUAAAUACAAAAAUUAUA